AGACUUCGAGCACACGAUUCAUGUGGGGUUUGAUGCCGUCACUGGAGAAUUCACAGUAAGUAAUGGCUGUGUUGCAUAUUUACUAAAACUUCCACUUCCUUCAUGGUAAAAUAGCUGCCUGUUGCCAGAAUCUACAGAUGACAGCAGCCAGGCUGUGAGGAGGGACCUUUGUUGGUUGAGCUUAGGGCUUGGAGUGCUCUGCUUCUCAUUCAGGCUGCUUUUUUUCUCCAAGGAUUAUUGGUGGCGUCCGUGGCAAAUGAAAGCUAGGAAGGACGUAGGUGUACGCUUCUGUCAGUCCCACCAGCUGCUUCAGGGGUUGGUUAUUCAGUCCUUAGAAAAACAUUGAAAAACCGCACACGUGCAUAGUGUGUCUCUGCAGACAGUCAGCCCCAAAGUGCCAAGUCCAGCUGCUCUGCAGACAGCUCGUGGAGGUGCUCAGGAAGUGGCAGCGCUGUCCAUUCAUUUUAAUCCAGUAAUCUUCAAAAUACAUCCAUGGGUUAGGUGCUCAGAUGCAUUUCUGUGCUAAUGAAGUAGCAGUCAGCUUGCUCUACUUACAUCAGAAAGUAUGUGGAAGCCCUGGGAAAAAUGAGUCUGAUAGAAGCUCCUUGAAGUCUGCAGGGGACUUCAAAGCGUCUUCUCUCAGACUGCUGCCUGGUGCUGAAACCGUUUGUCAGUGAAGUGAGGAUGGCAGCGAGUUACAUUUGAUUGAGCUGUGGAGGUGAGAGGAAACACGAGCAGUUCUGUGUGCCAUCAGUAGUACCCUGUGAGCUGAGCGGUCGGACUGCGUUGUCACCGCACGUCAUGCUGGAGUGUGUGCUGCAUACACCACACAGGAUGGGACAAAUCAUCUUCCCGAGCAAAGUACAGCUGAUUUCUGGAAUUUCUUUCUCACUUUUUUACUUUCAGUGCUACUUCUGUUUACCAAAAACAUUGCAGAAGGCCAGAAAGUUUCCGUAUGCUGCAGCAGCAUUAGUAGCAGUAAAAGAAAAAAAGACACUUAAUGGCAGCUUGUCUUCAAAGGAGUGAAACUGAAAGAUUCUUAGUAAUUAAGAAAUACAGUUACACUCAAAAUAUGUAGGCUAGUUAAUUAGCUUUCUUAAAACAGAUGUCACUUAAAAACGCUUCUUACAGCCAAAGGAAUAGGUGACUCCUCCCAUGCAGCUUGCCAGCACAGGUCUCAUCCUGCGGUCCCAGCGGAGCAGUGUCAGCCAGCAGGGGGACAGCUCUGUUAGGAACUUCUGCUGGCCCCCACAGGGUCUCUGUAUGCAAGCGCUGCAUUUCAUGUCACACAGGGCAUGUUUGAUUUGUCCCAGCUUGUGCACGACUGGUGUAUCAGCUGGGCAGUUCUACCAAAGGGACUGCCAUGAGCCCUGUCAUCUGGAGUGUCCGCUGUCUGGUGAUCACACUGUCUCCUUCCAAAGUUUGGAAGUGCCAUGGGAAUGCGCAAUAAGUGUGUGAAUAUAUGGUUUCUUCGUGUUCGUUUGUUUUUGUGUUCCUGUUUGUUGGCUUCAAAUGAUGACAGUUGUCAUGCCAUGCGUGUUUGCUCUGCUGGUUACGCGCAAUGCGUUGAGCCAUUUCCUAACAGCCAGCAGUCAGCCUCCACUGCAUCCCCUGAUUCCCCAGAGCUGCAUCUCCAGUCAAAGCUGGGAACACCCGCAUGGGCUCCUGAGCUUUGGCUUUCAGGCUUGAGCAUCAAGCUGUGUUGUUGCUCCUCAACAUGUGUUGUAUGUCCAUUUCACUGUGCUUGGAGCAACCACAUUUGUUACGAAAUAGGACUGAAAGCCCAAAAUAAAAUUGGCUUGAAGCUGUUGGGUGGGAGCAUGCUUCUAGGGUGUUUUAUUCAUCUAUUUUGAAGAAACACUUGCAUUUUCUGAAUGGAGGAAGAAGUGUGGUUUGCAGGGCUUUGGUGUGAGCUCUGUGAGGCAUUCAUUUUUGAAACAGUUUCCUGAUCCCCAUUCUAGAACAAAACGUGUUCCAACUGAACUUUCAAAGCUUCAAGAUGGUGAUAUUAGCAAGUGGGAGAAAGGUGUGCUACAGACCCGAAGAAGUUGCACAUUGUUCUUCUAUCUGAUAAAGCCUUUCUUUUGCAUUGCCUCGAUUUUCUGUCUGGCACUUGUCGAUCAUUUGGGUUAUGGCAGCACACAGCCUCCUGGUGUGAAAUCCAGGUGUGAUCUGCUGCUUUCUCCGUGGCACUCUGUUGACUCACUCACUGCCCGGUUGUGGUCUUGGGGCUGGAGAACCAUUUUGGAUGUGUAGAGCCAUUCAGAAUUGCAAAGCUGGCUUUAAGAACUGGACAGUCAGCAGAAGCCUGCAUACUUCUCUUUUUGCUUUAUGAAAUUUUUAAGAAAGAAAUCCUGAGUAAUUUUUACAGUCACUUGCUGUUAAUCCUCAGCAAUGUGUUUUUUAUAAGGCAGAGGAAAAACUGGUAUGAAAAAGAAAGGAGGGGAAAUAAUGCUUCCAAACUUUGGAAUGACUGUGAUUUUUCUGUUUUCCUAAGCCCGUCUUCCUGUAGCCUGUCCACCAUUCAAUCUAUUUGGUAUCUGCCUCAUAGCUCCCAUUUUAGAUGGGACUUUCCCCAUUUUGGCCCAUCGGUUUCACCUCCCACCACCUUCUAAGUUGUCCCACAUUCUGUUUUAACUUUCUUUUCUUUCUUUAUUUACGUCCAUUACAGCCAGAUCUCUAUGGCUCACAGAUGUGCACAGGGAAGCUCCCAGAGGGCAUUCCAGAGCAGUGGGCCAGGCUACUACAGACCUCCAACAUAACAAAACUAGAGCAGAAGAAGAAUCCUCAAGCAGUUCUAGAUGUCCUCAAAUUUUAUGAUUCCAAAGAAACAGUUAACAACCAGAAAUACAUGAGCUUUACGUCAGGAGAUAAAAGCGCCCAUGGAUACAUAGAAGCCCAUCCUUCGAGCACAAAAACAGCGUCGGAACCCCCGUUAGCACCAUCAGUUUCUGAAGAAGAGGAUGAAGAAGAUGAGGAAGAAGAAGAUGACAAUGAGCCUCCACCUGUUAUUGCACCACGGCCUGAACACACAAAAUCAAUCUACACGCGCUCCGUAAUCGAACCUGUCGCUGCACCAGCACCGGCUAAAGAAGCCACCACUCCCCAGCCUGAAAACUCCAACACAAACACUUUGUACAGAAACACAGACCGGCAGCGGAAGAAAUCCAAGAUGACAGAUGAGGAGAUCCUAGAGAAACUGAGGAGCAUUGUGAGUGUGGGAGACCCUAAGAAGAAAUACACUCGAUUUGAAAAAAUUGGCCAAGGGGCAUCAGGAACUGUUUAUACAGCAAUAGACAUCGCCACAGGACAAGAGGUGGCCAUAAAGCAAAUGAAUCUCCAACAACAGCCCAAAAAGGAACUAAUUAUUAAUGAAAUCCUGGUCAUGAGGGAAAAUAAGAACCCCAAUAUUGUUAACUAUUUAGACAGCUACCUAGUAGGUGAUGAGCUCUGGGUGGUUAUGGAAUACUUGGCUGGAGGCUCUCUAACUGAUGUUGUUACAGAGACAUGUAUGGAUGAAGGACAGAUAGCAGCUGUCUGUAGGGAGUGCCUGCAAGCGCUGGAUUUCCUUCACUCAAACCAAGUGAUUCACAGAGACAUAAAAAGCGACAAUAUUCUUCUCGGAAUGGAUGGAUCUGUCAAAUUGACUGAUUUUGGCUUCUGUGCUCAGAUCACCCCCGAGCAGAGUAAAAGGAGCACAAUGGUCGGGACUCCUUACUGGAUGGCACCGGAAGUGGUGACGAGAAAAGCAUAUGGCCCCAAAGUUGACAUCUGGUCACUUGGGAUCAUGGCAAUAGAAAUGGUGGAAGGAGAACCUCCUUACCUUAAUGAAAAUCCUCUCAGGGCACUGUAUCUGAUAGCUACAAAUGGGACACCAGAGCUGCAGAACCCUGAGAGACUCUCUGCUGUGUUUCGUGACUUUCUGAACUGUUGCCUGGAGAUGGAUGUGGACAGGAGAGGGUCUGCCAAGGAGCUUUUACAGCAUCCAUUUUUAAAAUUAGCCAAGCCUCUCUCCAGCCUGACUCCUCUGAUCAUUGCAGCAAAGGAAGCAAUUAAGAACAGCAGCCGCUAGUGCUUUGGGCUGGCAUUCUCCCAUGCCAGCUCACUCCAGAGCAGGACUGAGAAAAAAACUCUAUAGAACCUCAACUCUUCUGCUGCAGGACAGAUGGAUGGAUGGAUGAAUGGAUGGACAGACCAACAGUCGCAGUCAUGGUGGUAGGAGGGGAGAACAACUGUUCUCCAGUUCCUCAAGGAGUAAAAACUUACGUCUUCUUCCUGCUUUCUGGCUCCUUAAUUUAUUUUUAAGAUGAAAUAGGGCUUAAGACAGAGAGGUAAUGACAGAAAAUGCUUUGCUGCCUCAGCCAUUUCCAAGGUAAAGCAGAUUCAGUUGGAAGAUUCCCUUCCUUCUCACCCUGUGAAUAAGCUGUACAUUCACUUUUAAAUUGUCAGUUGUUUCUUAAAGAUGCAAAGUCCCUUUUAUGUUUUGGGGUUUUUCUUGUAUGGUUUGGAAUUGGAGAAGGGUCUUCAUUUAUAACUCCAGACUGUACUGCCUUUAGAAUACAGCCCACUCACUGGUAUUUGCCUAGUCAUUACACUUCUCAAUGAGGAAGAAAGUGAAAUUGCAUUUCCAAUCAAAAACAAAUCAGGAGUGGAGCAGUCAAAACAUCCUGUUGAGAUACAGGCUCAGCUGUGAAUAUAUAGUGUUUCUGUUCUUGACAUUUUCAUUUGUAAAACUAGUUGUAAUAUGGGUGAGAGUCUUACUAAAUUGAGAAAGCUGUUUGCUCAGAAAGGGCUUGUCUGAUGCAAAGCUGUAAGAGAAAUGUGAAGUGAGAGCAGGCCCAGCCUUGCCCAGUGCUGAGCCUCAUGGACCCCUUUGCAGAGCACAGAGCAGCCUCAGCAUCUGUGACACCAGACUGGAGGAAGGCACUUGCAGCAGCAGGCCAUCGCUGGGCAAUCGCCUCUUCCCAGUACUGCACUGAUCAUAGUGUCAGCUCCAAACUGGCAGUGGGCAGCUCUCAAGGUUAAUUGUAGCUGUGCUCCAAACUGUGCAGAGUGCUGGGAGUAGCCCUCUUCAGUUUGUGCAGGAGUCGAAGAGAGGAAAACAGCCUGGGUGUUGCUGUCACUUCUGAGGAUGUCUGCUCUCCUGGUCCUCCGAUAGCUCCCAGGAAAGGUUAGUAGCAUCUGCGCUCCUCUUAGCAGAGGGAAUGGUGGCCAGGCUACUCUGCAGGCUUUUGGCAGGUGAGUGUCCUUUCCAUGGCAGAACUUGCAUGCCUAAAUUGUGACACAAAUGAGCGAUGGCUUCCAGGAUUUGGUUCUGCCUGAGCCAGUCCAGCAGACAAAUCUGGAAGAAAGUGCAUUUAAACCUGGAGCUCUGCAGUGAGCAAGAAAUACAGAGCAGAUUGUAGAACUAUACAGAGCCAUAAAACCAGCCUGCUAUAUGUUCUCCUCCAUACAGCAAGCACUGCAACAAGCAGUUCUGAGUUGCUGGGGGAGAGUGAGCCCUGGAUGUGACAGGUUUGUGCUUGACUAGUCUGCUGAUUUGUAAGAGAGCAGAAUAGUUUUAGUAUGCCAUUUGUGUUUUAUUUAUUUUUUUCUGAAAGAAAGGAGUGUGGCUUCACUCAGAAAAAGCAUUUGUACGGAGUAUUUGUUACUGUAUUUUAGUAGUACGACUAAUCAAAGACCUUCAAAACAGCAACUAAAUCAACACCUAUAUCCAAUGAGCAAAAAAAGGAGUAAAACAGCUUUUUGCUGUAGUUCUUCAUGUUUUAGGCCUGCUCCCACAAAGGGCUAAGCAGCCUGUAAGGUACUAAACACCUUCACGUUUUGCCGGUACGAAUGAAGGAUGCUUGGGCUAUUCUUGAAUUAGGCCAUUAGGUUGUCUGGUUUUGUCUUCUUAUUUAGUUACCGUCUUUGUGUUGAAAAUGUCAUUAAUACUGCUAACUACCCCACCUUCACUCACUCUGUCUGUCCCAGCAUCUUUGCUGAGGCAACCUACAGAGGCAAUGCUCAUUGAAGUUGACAGAAUCAUAGCAUGGGUUGGGUUGGAAGGGACCUUAAAGCCCAUCAGCUCCAACUCCCUGCCAUGGGCUGGUUGCCCCACCCCGGAUCAAGCUGCCCAGGGCCCCAUCCAGUCUGGCCUUGAGGACCUCCAGGGUUGGGGCACCCACAGCUCUGGGCAGCAGUGCCAGUGCCUCACCCCUCUCUGACUUAAAGAAUUUCCUCCUAACAUCUAACCUAAAUCUCUCCUCUUUAGGUUUAAAACUGUUCACCCUUGUUCUGUCCCUGUCAGACCAUGUAAGAAGUCAAUCUCCCUCCUGUUUAGAAACUCCCUUUAAGUACUGAAAGGCCUCAAGGUCUCACCUUCCUGGGGAGCACAACAGGUUUGAUUUUCAGUUGUCAAAUAAGAAAAGAUGUUUGUUUCUUUUGCAAGCCUACAUUCUUCUCUGUCAGCUCAAGCUAUCUAUCUGGGAGAUGGGCUUCCCUGAGGGGGGAAAAAGAGCUGCCCUCAAUUUGUACAGCAUUAAUCUGAAUAAAACAUUUGUAUUCCGUGUAAGUAAUGAAGAAACUAGUGGCAGUUUCUCCUUCCAUUACAGCAUUUUUUUCCUACCCACAAAGGAACAGAUGGCCAUCCUUUAGAAGGAAAGCACUUUUUUAUGGCACACGUUUGCUGGACAUACGAUACACUUAUGUUAACAGAUCACACUACUUGUUCUUUUUUUUCUAUUUAUUUUCUUUAGCAAAUAAUAUUUCAGCAUCCCUACUGCUCAGUUCAGUUUCACAAAAGAUAACAAAUAAGUAUAGGAAAGUUGGAUGAUAGCAUUAUUGUUUUUCUGAUCAGUGUAUGCUCCAGCAUACAGAACAUUGUUGGCACUGGCUUUUUAAAUACAACUUCUUUAAUAAGAGGCCUUACUUUUUAUUUUAUUAAACGCUCUAUUUAUUUUUCUUUGCAUUUGCAAAUCCAGAGAUUUUUCUGCUAAAAACAAAAUCCUGUGAGGCAGACAGCAUUCAACAGGAGUCAUCUCUGCCAGUGGCUUUUUUGCAACAUGCCUGUAAUUGCCUAGCUGGGACUGCUUUACAUUCAGGGCAGUGCACCUCCAGCAUCCCUGCGCUUCAGGCAGCCUCUGGCACAAAAUUCUCAGUCAUGAGAUACUGAAGGACGGCAGCUGCUUUUACAGUUUCCCAGCUCUGAUAGGAAAUGUGGAAGAAGCGUAUUAGUAAUAAAAAAGUCUGUCCUGAAAGGGGCAAGUCUUGUACAUUAUUUACAAGCUCAUGUAGGAAGUUAGGAUUGACAACAGCCGUAACUUUCCAGGAAGAAACAAAGCAAAUAUAAAAUCUCUGGAAUCAUCCUGGGUGUUUCUGGACUGCUAUCUUCAGAUUAAGCAAUUAGUUAUAUAUAUUUUUGAAAGUAUUAGAAAUAGGCUGUUUUGUUGCCAAAUGCAUAGAUAAAUGUUGUAUGUUUCAAAUACUUUCAUUCCAAGGUUCUAAAAGACUGGUUAAUUGUCUUUAUUUUUAAAUUCAUUAAAUGGUGAAAAAAAAAAACCCAACAACUAUCUAGAGCUUGACUAUGAUUCCCAUCCCUGCAAUGAUGAUGUGUGAAAAUGACUCGUUAGCUCGCUGUGGUUUUAAUGAGUUCUGAGACAGAAGUAUGACAGCAGUAAAGUCAGGGAAGCUUGAGAAGCACAGAAAAGAUUAUUUAUUUAACAAAAAAAAAGAAAAAGAGGAAAAAAAAAAAAAAACCAAAUGUAUCUAUGAAGAAUUCCACACACGCUCCUAAGAGCCUGCACGGGGGUGGAUCUCACAGUGCUCUCAGAGUUUGUUCACAAACGGGGGUCAGGGUUGCAUUCUUACUUCCGUGUCCCGCACUUCUGUAGAACUGUCUGGUCUCCAUCUUUGGAUACUGCUCGGCCGACUUACGCUGCACAGAAAUGAGCUCAAGUGUUGUUUUUUUUUUUUUAGCUGCUUGUGUUGGAUUGCUCUGAUGCCAGCGGCUGCACCUCAGCAGGCCUUCAGUUAGUUCCCCCCCAUAUCCUGCCACCAAAAAUAAAGCACGGUCCAGUCUCCACAAGAAGGAAAGUGCAUUCUUCUCUCCUCUCUGCUAGGUUAGGAAAUGUCACUGUAUCCUAUUAUCUGUGGUUCCAGUAUCGUCACUGUUUUUGCCAUGGAGCAGUCCUCACACUGAGCUUGUACAUGUAUGCAUUUGUUUGCUCAGUGGCGUUGGUCACAACUGGACAAGGAUUCAGAGAGGCCUCUGCUAGCCCCUACCAUGGAAUACAGGAGCCAGUUGUUCUUUGCUCGACAGCCACAGCGUGUAUGCUAACACCAGCCUAGCCCUGCUAAAAGUUACUGAGAGAGUGGUCCACAAACCUUCUUGGCAGACUGUUGUUAGUACACACGCAGUAACUUAGUAAUGGGACAAGCCGAUGAAGGCCCGUAAAUACAAACAUUCAGAUUUUGGGUUUUUUUAACUGAGUGGAUGGAUAUCCUUAAUUUUAGCUCCAGUUUUCACAAAACGGGCAAAGAACUACCUUUAUUUCAAGGGAAAACGUUUGAGGUUUCUUUGGAUGCAAUCUGCAAUUCAGAGGGGGGGGGGAGGGGGGGCCUUUGAAACCUUUCUUUGCUUGUGUCUGUCCUUGAGCUGACAGGGUAAUUUCUUUUUCUGGCUGAAGCUUGCAAAAAUCUUGCUUACACAUGUGUUAGAGUUGACUGCCAUAAUCCUAGGCAUGUGUCAUGUAUAUAAACAGUCACGUUCCUGAGCCUGCCAAUGGUUGCAUGCAUCUUUGAUGAUAAGUCAUCUCAGAAGGAAAAAACAGUACAGGAAAGAGAAGGAGGGAUGCUGACAUGCUCUUUGCAGAUUCCCUUUGGCCUGCCAUGAAGGUAGGAGCCUGCAAACUUUGUUCUCAGUGCUUACCUACUCUUCCAAGCAAGUACUCAUGUUCUGCUAGAAUGCGACUAAGAAAACUAGGGAGCAAUGGAAUUUGUUAAAGUUGAUAAUAUGGAAAAUUGCACUGGACAGCUUCCCAGCAGAUUGCACAUAAGCUUCAGCAUAUCUGUGUCAGAUGCCUUGUGCUUUAAUCGAGUGGCAUCACAUUCAUAACUGCGUGGGGAUCAUGCUUGGUUUCUGAGGCUCACUAAUGUUUGCCUGGCCCAGCUUACGUGUCAGAGGGAAUCAAAGCUGCAAGGACCACAGCUGGAUGCAGUGGUUGAAGGUGGCAGUUGUGAAUGUGGGUCAGAAGAGCCAGCAGCCACAUGCACACUUGUUUGAGUCACAGUGCUCUAAGGGAGGGAGUGUACAAACUGAGAACGAGUAUUGUUUGUAUGCCGCCUCUCCUCUGCCCUUCAAUCCUUUCAGGGGCUUGUCUGCCGAGGAGAGAAAUGUAAAAGAUCUUUCAGAAGCCCUGUUCUUUCUAAUCUCUGUGACUGUGUUGUCUCUUUAUGUGCCUCUUCCUAUGCUGUGACUGCUAACCAGGAUUGUGUAACUGGCUCAGAUAAAGUGCUUGAGAUACUCAUUUUUCUGUCCUUUGAACUGCCUGUUUACAGCAACAUUUAAAAUCUUUAAGCCUGGUCUGGACAGAGUUAUCCCUCACUUUGUGCAUAACCUAGAGUCUGUGGCCAGCCAUCUCAAGUCAAUGCUUGCAUUAAGGGCUCCCAGUUGUCAUAGGAUGGCAUAACACUAUUGAAAACGUGGGUGAAUAGUGGCAGGUGGUUGUUUUAAAUGUCAGAUCCUUUUGCUGCUGAAUAUUCUGUGUUUCAUUUGAUAUCUAAGUCUGUUGUUGCGCUGGACAGAUAACAGAUACUGCUUCUAUUCCCCCUGAAGUCGGUGAGAAUUUGGUUGCUGGAUUCCUUGCCAGCAGAACCUUGUUGCUUUAAUAAGCAAGUACUGAUACAGCCCCAGGUACUGAGGCGGGUUCCCAGAGGUGCCGCAUGGCCAAGGGAGCAGGUGGGUAGCAGGGAGCUGCUCUUGUUCUUUUGUUCCAUUGUUCCAUCAUGCAAAGCUAUUCACGUCAGAAGUGAGUCAACAUAGAAAAUUUGAAGCAUGCAAUUCUCUUACAUCCAUAUCUGCUGAGAUUUUUUUUUUACCUUUGAGCUAAAGAUGCACAGAGGCAAUUGCUUUUUGUCACACUGUUUAUAUUAGUGUUAAAUAAUGCUGCUAAAUCAGUCUCUAGAACAGCAACAAGAAAAAAGCCUCAGCUCUUCAGGUGUGACAUUCAUAAGCUGCUAUCUGCUGUAGCAGGAGAGCUGCUCGAGAUGGGAACCAGUAGCAAAGCACUGCGCAGCCCCUGGUGAAAAGAGCACCACCUUCUUGGGUGGAGCCCAAAUUCACAGUGGGAGCUGCUCUGGUGUACUGGUGCUGCAUCUGCGCUGCAGAUGCUAUGCAUACAGACAUACAUUUUAGGAAGAUCUGCAAAAGAAUUCUGCAACUCUUGACUGGAUCAGGAUGUAACAAACUCUAAACUCCAGUUUAGUCUGAAGCAACCAGUUUAGAUGUAGACUGGUGUCUGCUAGAUUUUUAUUCAGGGUAUCCAGACAAAAGUAAACAGAGGAGGCCUACAUUUUCAUUGUUUAUCAGAACUGUAUCUCAUUUUGCUGUACAUUCCUUUUUUAGGACAUGUUAUCUGUUUAAAAAAAAGAAAAAAGAAAGAAAAAAAAGAAAAGAAAAAAACAAAAAAAAAGAUAAAAAGCAGAAACAAAUGUGUAGUGAAAAUCUUCUGUAACUUUGGAUUAAGAGGUAAUUAUGAUCUUUUUAAGAAGAGAACUAAGUUAUUUACUUUGUAAAUGUGCUGAUGGCAUGGAUCCAUCUUACUGACCUCAGCAUCUUUUUUUUUUCUUUUUUUUUUUAAAGAUUUUGGGUUUUGUUUCCAAUAUUAAGUUAUUUUAAAUUGUGGUUGAAGCAAUAGAAAAUUGAAAUAUGGAUUGUGCAUGACUGUGUCUUGAGUGUAAAAAUAUUGCAGUUUGAAACUUGGACCUAAAGUAUUGCAAAUAAAAGUUAUAAAUACGAA